AAAAAAGGCCCAAUGUCUCAUUCCGUCGAGAACUAGGGUUUUAGGUAUCUCAAUAUUCACCUACCCAGCUUCCGACUCCAUCAUCUCCCUCCUACUUCUCUCUCUCUCUCUCUCUCUCCGAGACUCCAAAUCAUGGCGGCGAACUCAAUGGUUAGAUCCUUUCUUCAGGUUGCUGCUACAGAAGAGGUUGCUCCUCCUCUCAGAGUUGUUCAGAUCGAAGGACUGGUUAUCUUGAAGAUAAUCAAGCACUGCAAGGAGUUUUCGCCGGCUCUGGUCACCGGCCAACUUCUUGGCUUGGAUGUUGGCAGUGUUCUUGAAGUCACUAAUUGUUUCCCAUUCCCGAUUAGGGAGGAGGAUGAAGAGAUUGAAGCUGAUGGUGCCAAUUACCAGCUCGAGAUGAUGAGAUGUUUGAGAGAGGUGAAUGUUGACAAUAACACUGUUGGAUGGUACCAAACUGCAGUUUGUUUUAAACACAGGUACCAAUCCACAUUGUUGGGUUCUUUUCAAACGGUGGAGUUGAUUGAGACAUUCAUGAACUACCAGGAAAAUAUUAGACGGUGUGUGUGCAUCAUUUAUGAUCCAUUGAAAUCCAAUCAGGGAGUCUUAGCACUGAAGGCAUUGAAGCUUUCUGAUUCAUUCAUGGAGCUCUACCGCAGUAACAAUUUUACAGGGGAGAAGUUGAGGGAGAAAAACCUUUCAUGGGUGGAUAUCUUUGAGGAAAUACCUAUCAAAGUUUCAAACUCUGCACUUAUUAGUGCAUUUAUGACGGAGUUGGAAGCUGAUACACCUGUUAUCCAGUGUGAUUAUGAUCGUCUGCAAUUAUCAACUAGUCCAUUUCUAGAGAGGAAUAUGGAAUUUCUUAUUGAGUGCAUGGAUGAUUUGUCAAUGGAACAGCAGAAGUUCCAAUACUAUUACAGAAACGUGUCACGCCAGCAAGCCCAACAGCAAGCAUGGCUUCAAAAGAGAAGGACUGAGAACAUGGCUCGGAAGGCUGCCGGAGAAGAACCGCUUCCUGAAGAGGAUCCUUCAAACCCCAUUUUCAAGCCACUCCCUGAGCCUUCACGGUUGGACAGCUUUCUGAUAACAAAUCAAAUCUCAAACUACUGCAACCAAAUUAAUGGGGUUGCCGGACAGAGCUUCAGCAGAUUAUAUUUGACGAAGGCUUUGCAAGAGAACUGAUGUAAUGCUGGAACAUGAGAUCUUUCAUGUGUUUGCAGUGCGGAGAAAUACCUGUCCCCUUCCAUGUGCUUUGUCUUAAUUUCAAUUUUUCCAAUCUGUCAAAUUUUGAGCAAAUAUCAUAUACAACUUCAAGGGCAAAUUGGGAUGUAAAAUUCUAACGAUGUACGCAUGCCAAAAGAACAGUUCUAUUCUCAUUCUUGACCUAUAGUUGCACUUCAAAUAUUCUAUA